AGCCCCUCGGUCGACAGCGCGUAUCUACGGCCGCAGUGUGCAUAAUACAUCUGAAUACAUCGUUCCGGCAUUGCUGAUACGUGUCCGUCCGUCGCCGUGUGUGUCCCCGCCUGUGUUGUCAACUGCUAGCAGCCGCUUACGCGCACGGCACAUUACGAAAUCUAUAUGGGGAUUGUCCGUCGUCGACGCGUCUCGCUGGUGGGAUCUCCUCUCGUUCGUGCGUACGCGUAAAGGGCGCCCGGCCGGUCGGCGCGCCUCGCCGUUCACAGGAACAGACGAACAUGCGUCGGGGACGGCAGUUGCUCUGCUUUCUGGCGCUCGGCCUCCUCGCGCCGUUGGCCUGCGCCGACGAGCACAACCACGUCUACGAGGAUGGUGACGAAGUUGUACUAUGGAUGAGCACCGUAGGGCCCUAUCACAAUCGUCAGGAGACGUACUCCUAUUAUUCCUUACCCUUUUGUACAGGCACCAAGAAUGUCAUCAAUCAUUAUCACGAGACUCUAGCAGAGGCAUUGCAGGGCAUCGAGUUGAAGUUUAGUGGUUUAGAUAUCGAAUUCAAAGAGGAUAUCUCGAAGACAGAAUACUGCCAGAUAAGUUUAAACGAAGAAAGCCAGAAAGCAUUUGCAUAUGCGAUAAAGAAUCAGUAUUGGUAUCAAAUGUACAUUGAUGAUUUACCAAUAUGGGGUGUUGUGGGAGAAGUGGAAAGUGAUGAAAUUCCAGAUUAUUACAUCUGGGCACAUAAAAAGUUUGAUAUUGGAUACAACGGUAAACAAAUAGUGGAUGUUAAUCUGACCAGUGACAACAGAGUGAAGCUGCAGCUGGGCGCACGUAUAUCUUUUAGCUAUGAAGUCAAUUGGAAGAAGAGUAAUAUUAAAUUUGAGGAUAGAUUUGAUAAAUAUCUAGAUCCCAACUUCUUUCAACAUAGAAUACACUGGUUUAGCAUUUUUAACAGCUUCAUGAUGGUGAUUUUCCUCGUUGGACUCGUUUCAAUGAUUUUAAUGCGCACUUUGAGAAAGGAUUAUGCCAGAUAUAGCAGAGAUGAAGAAAUGGACGAUAUGGAAAGAGAUUUGGGUGAUGAGUACGGUUGGAAGCAAGUACAUGGAGAUGUAUUUAGGCCUGCGAGUCAUGCUAUGCUCUUCUCAGCUCUCAUAGGUGCAGGCUACCAGGUCACAGUGGUAGUGUUGAGCGUAAUUGUCUUCGCUAUCCUGGGCGAGCUUUAUACCGAGCGAGGUUCAAUGUUAUCAACAGCGAUAUUUGUAUAUGCCGCCACGUCGCCAAUCAACGGUUAUGCGGGUGGCGGACUGUACGCUCGGAUGGGCGGACGCGUAUGGAUCAAACAAAUGAUCCUCAGCGCUUUUAUGCUACCGCUCAUGGUCUGCGGUACCGCUUUCUUCAUCAAUUUUAUCGCCAUGUAUUACCAUGCCAGUAGAGCGAUACCUUUCGGAUCCAUGGUUGCGGUAACAUGUAUCUGCAUAUUUGUGAUAUUACCGCUGACACUGGUAGGUACCAUUCUAGGCCGUAAUCUCGCUGGGACACCGGACGCACCGUGCCGCGUAAACGCAGUGCCUCGACCAAUACCCGAGAAGAAAUGGUUCAUGGAACCAUUAGUAAUCAUAAUGCUCGGCGGAAUCCUACCCUUCGGUUCGAUCUUCAUUGAGAUGUACUUCGUCUUUACCUCAUUUUGGGCGUACAAGAUCUAUUACGUCUACGGUUUUAUGUUAUUAGUAUUCGUUAUUCUCAUGAUAGUAACAGUAUGCGUUACUAUCGUAUGUACAUAUUUCUUACUGAAUGCCGAAGACUAUCGAUGGCAAUGGACGAGUUUUCUUGCAGCGGCUUCGACGGCCGGCUACGUUUACAUUUAUUCUUUUUACUACUUCUUCUUCAAGACUAAAAUGUAUGGUCUCUUCCAAACGGCGUUUUAUUUCGGCUACAUGGCAUUGUUUAGCUUGGCCCUGGGUAUUAUGUGCGGAACGGUUGGAUACAUCGGCACCAACGCAUUCGUGCGAAAGAUAUAUUCUACGGUCAAGAUAGAUUAAGAGUCACUGAUUGAAGUAUUCGCAUCGUGGAUUGUACGAUGUAAUUCCUAAAAUUGCGCGCGCGACACUAGCUGCUCUUGACAAAAUGAAGCGUAUGCUUCAUUUCGUACAUGAAAUACUUUAUUUCGCUACAAAGCGGCUGUCCGUCACGUCGCUCGAAAGUGCGAUUCUUAUUUUUCAGCUUGACUUAAUGUCCGUUCUAGAAACGGAACGACGUGUGUCCUUGAACGUAUCAUUACUCUUCCAACGGAACUCACGCCGUCACGUGUCUACCGUUAUUCGAACGACGACUCCAUCUUAUAUUCAUUCAUUUGUCCUUUUCUUUUUCCAAUUGUGUAUUUCGCUAUUACGCAAGAUAAAGAUACGCUGUAAACGGAUCCUACUGUACUAAAACACGUGCGCGUGUCGCAAAUGCAGUCAUCUGUCAAUAAUAAAGUAAUAAUUGUAAGUGUUAGUCGAAUCCUAUUAUGAGUCCGAGCUAUUAUAAACAAAACUUCUGCAAUCGUGUAAAUUUAACGUUGUAGUACAUUUUUUUAUUGAUCCAAGUAUGUCGAUAAAUUGUAAUAAUCAUGCAUAUAUAUACAUAUAUAUUUAUAUGUACAUACCAUACAUAAAAUAUAAUUGCAUGGUCGCAAUCAUUUUUUAUCGCAUAUGUGUCUCGCUUGCGAAUGGCACAGAAAAUUGAUCGAAUUGUACAAAAAUCAAGAAACUUUGGUUUGUUUUUCUUUUAUCUAGACACUUCAGCUCGGACAAUGAAGCAUAAAAAGAUUAUGAUGUAAAAUAAUUUUUCCUGACUCUUGAAGACUCGAAGUAGAAUGUUGCAAUAAUUGAAAAUUAUAAUUAAACUUGCGAUAAAUUAGACGUGAAAGCAUUAAUACAUUAUAAUUUAUUAAAUUCAUAGUUUUACGAGACUCUUUCGUUGAUAUACGCAAACUGUGAAUUGAACUGUGACUUAGAUAAUUUUCUGAUUCUGUGAUUGUCGAGUCAGUUUGCCAAUUACACGUUUCGUUAUCAACGGAAAGCCCUUAUCCUUAAGCUAAAUGGUUCAAAGAGAAAGGAGUAAGAAUCGUGAAGUACAAUGCCAAUGUAAGAUCUUGCUUGCGAUACGACAAUCGCAUCAUGAUCUCGUCCGCAUUGUGCUUUCUUUACAUUUGAAUUUUUGUUUGUAGGAUUCGCGAAUGAAUCCACGCUCACGAUUCUCUUCCACAGGCGGGCAUUCACCCGCACCAUACAAAAAAUCACCGUUGAGAGACGAGAAGUUAAUUCCGCAAACACAAUUAGAAAUAGGUACUCGAGUAAAAGAUAUAACGAUGAGAGUAUUACGUUUCAGUGAGACUAAUGUUGGUGGGAGUCUUCGAAAAUAAACGAUUUGUUGUUAGAUGUAGUGAUUCUGAAAAAAAUAUAAAAUUUCUACGUAUACAACAACGA